AUGGGUGAAUCAGUGAAGGAUGUGCAAUUCAAGGAGCUUGAUAGCGUGGUCUGGCCCUCGGGGUGUGAGGCUUCGAAGCACAUGGACGAGGUUAAAGUUGCUAGGGUUGAUGGGUUAGUUAAGGCUGGAGAACCUGCUCCUGCUCCUACCAGUCUUGAGACAGUCCAAGAACAGGAACUUUGCCAAGAUAAGGUUCUGAGGUUCGAAGGGCAGCUCUUCCUCCUCGUUAAACACAUAAUUGUUCCUCCAUUUCCAGAUGUGCCAGCAAGUAUAGAUGAAUACCAAGCUCCAAGGUUUAGAAUUUGGAAGCGUGGUCUGGCCCUUGAGAUUGAAGCUGAAGAACAGCCUGAGCCUUAUUCGGUUUUUGAUGUGUCUGCCUUUGUGAAGGGAAAUGUCGUUGAUACAUCAGAAGGUGUAGAUCCACCUAGUUUGGCCACUAAAGUUGCUAGGGUUGUUGCUGCCAGCCUUGGCACAGUCCAAGAGUUAGUGAAAGAAAUUGAAUCUUCUAAAGAGCAAAUUCAAGCUCAAAAUGGCCUUGAUGAUGCCUUGAAAAGGCGACUGCAGAAGCUGAUUGACUCUAAUCGAGUCAUGCUUUUCAUGAAAGGAACCCCUGAGGAGCCCAAAUGUAGAUUUAGCAAAAUGGCUGUUAAAAUUUUGAAGAAACAUAAGGUUGAAUUUGGAAGUUUUGAUCUUCUUACGGACAAUGAAGUCCUGGAAGGGAUACAGAAGUAUUCUAACUGGUCACUAUUACCACAGAUUUACUUCAAAGGGAGGGCUCGUGGUUUCCGUCACAUAGGAACUUUAAUGAAAGGUUGCUCAAGUGAAAGCACAGGAGAAAAUAUUUUUUAUUAG